GGUCAUCUUGGAAUCAGGCCUGACAGGAAGUUUAAUCAAUACCACCGGUUCGCGAAUCAGGAGAAAGGAGCACUUUUCAGCUAAAAUGAUAUUUAAUCGGAUGCUAUCCAGAGCUGUUUUCGUCAGCAGAGCUGGCUCCAGGUCUGCUUUCACAAGCUCCAAGCCUGAAAUGGCCAAACCAAACUGGUUCCGAGUGGGGCUUGCCUUUGGAACAUCUGCUUUCCUUUGGGGCUUGCUCUUCAAACAGCACAGCACAGAUGUGCAUGAGUACCAAGUGAGGAACGGCCUGGAAUAACCCACAAAACUCACAGGAGCUUGUUGGUUCCCGUCUGUAGGAGUCGCCUGUUUGUCUGCUUCUUUCUAGUUUGUCUCUUCCUCAACUUUUAUUUAGUGUAAAUAAAAAGUUUAUCAUGUGACGUA